GUCGCCAGCGCGGUCCCUCCGGGCAUAACGUCCCGGGCUCGGCCACACAGUCUCCUGGGACGAAGGCGCGGGGUACCAGGACCCCACAGGAUUAUAAAGCAAGUGGCAACGAGGGUGCACCUUAGAGGACCCCUCAGCCAGGAUGGCCAGCAUGCGGAGGCUGCUGAUCUGGACUCUACUGGCCCUGCAUAGGAUCCACUCGGCCGGAGCCCAAGAUGACGUGCCGCCAUACUUCAAGACAGAGCCAGUGCGCACGCAAGUACACCUGGAGGGAAACCGCCUGGUGCUCACGUGCAUGGCCGAGGGCAGCUGGCCGCUGGAGUUCAAGUGGCUGCACAACAACCGGGAACUUACCAGGUUCUCCUUGGAGUACAGCAUCCAAGAGUCGGGGGACUGCUGUGAAAUGAAGAAAUCUACGAAAAGCAUCUGGAACACAGAUGGUGCCAUCAUUGGGAAGGUGACAAUGGUGAUGGCGGUGGUAGAGAGGAUGAUGGUCACGAUGAUGGGAUAG